AUGCGUGUUUGUAAAGCUUGGAACGAUAUCAUCCACAGCCAAGAGUUUAUCGAAGCCCAGCAUUAUCGCUCCAUGAAGACCAACGGCCCUCGCACCAUUCUACUUCUAAAGCGCAAUUCCUAUAAACCUGAUAAACGUAUCUCUUUAUCUGUUUGUUUCGACAGAGUUGUAAGCAAAUCCGAUGUGCUGCCUGUGCGGAUAACACAACCAUUGCAACAUUUUGAUGAAAAAGCCUUCAUGGUGGGUUACUGUAACAGUCUGGUUUGUAUCCGGUACUCUAACUCAAUAUCGAAUGCCGAGACUUUGGUAGUAUGGAACCCGUCGAUCCAAAGGUUCAAGAGGAUUCCCUUCACCCCUGUUGAGCUGCCGGCUGAGUGGGCUGACAAUCAGAAGAGGUUUCCAAAGAUAGCGUACGGGUUUGGGUAUGAUUCAAUCAAUGAUGACUAUAAGCUAGUGAGGGUGGUACAGUUUACAAAAGAUGAUGAUGUAGUGGGUUCAGAAGUGAAGAUUUAUAGUAUAAAAUCUAACUCAUGGAAAAAGGUCCAGAGCUUGCCAUGCACCAAAGGUCUUCGAAUGUAUUUUACGACGUCACGUCUUUCUUAUUUGAAUGGUGCUCUACAUUUGCUGAUGUUUGGUUUAUCAGAUGAGAACAGAAUACCAGUGAUUGUAUCUCUUGAUCUCGCAACUGAGAUGUACGAUGAGUUCCCCACCCCUACGGUUUGCUAUUACAAAAAAUUAUUAGUUUUGGAGGUCUUUGGUGGAUAUUUAGGUGUUUGUUUAAGACCUUAUCCACCCGCAACCUUCAUCGACCAAAGUGAUGUUUGGAUUAUGAAGAAAUAUGGAGUAACUGCAACUUGGACUCGAUUAUAUACGAUCGAGAAGGAUGAUAUGCCUCUGCAGACAUAUAAAUAUUGCAAACCUUUGUUAUUUUCAGAGACCCGUGAAGUGGUUCUUUUGGAAAGAGGUGGGAUGCUUUGGUGGUAUGAUUUUGAGAGAAAGGGUUUCGAAAUGGUUGUCAUUCCAAAUAAGCCUCGUUUAUUUUCAACUGCUAUUUGUGCGGGAAAUCUUCUUCUGCUUGAUGGUGAACGUGUAAUUAACCCUUCUCAGUGA